GUUAUGUCGGUGUGCUGCCUUCAUACAAACGGUUAGACACGUUUCUUAGAGAAAAAUUAAGUAUUUGAAUCAGUUCAGUAAACACCUGUAAUAUUCUAAUCAUAACAACCGUGACUGAGUUUUGAAGCGAGCAAGAAUAUCUGGAGGAGUGUAUCAUCUGAACUGAGAUCUGCUGCUGUGAAGAUGGAGUUUGUGAAAGAGGAGAGAGAAGAGAACACCAUUGAACCAGACACCAGCACAAUAAAACACGAGGAACCAGAAAUAAAACACGAGGAACCAGAAACCUGGAGAAUAAAACACGAGGAAACAGAAACCUGCAGAAUAAAAUACGAGGAACCAGAAACCUGGAGAAUAAAACACGAGGAACCAGAAAUAAAACACGAGGAACCAGAAACCUGGAGAAUAAAACACGAGGAACCAGAAACCUGGAGAAUAAAACACGAAGAAAAAGAAUCCUUGAGAAUAAAACACGAGGAACCAGAAAUAAAACAGGAGGAACAAGGAGAGUUCAUUGAAGAAAAAGAGGAAAAUGAAGAAUCAAGUCCUCAAGAGAAGCAGAACGCAUGUGAUCAAUGCGAUAAAAUGUUUUUAUGGGCUUCACUUCUGAAGAAACACUUGAAAGUUCAUGCAAAGAAACCACAUUCAUGUCAUUUGUGUGGUAAGAGUUUUUUGCAUGUACAAAGUUUGAAAGAACAUCUUCAGAAAAUACAUACUGAUGUGAGAGAGUAUGUGUGCUCUGAGUGUGAGAAGACUUUUAGUGCAGCAAGCAGUUUAAAACAGCACGAGAGGAUUCACAUUGGAGAGAAACUUUAUAAGUGUUCACACUGUGACAAGAGAUUCAGUCGUUCAGCAAAUCUGAAAACACAUGAGAGGAUUCACACUGGAGAGAAACCUUACAAGUGUUCACACUGUGACAAGAGAUUCAGUCGGUUAACACAUCUGAAAACACAUGAGAGGAUCCACACUGGAGAGAAACCUUACAAGUGUUCACACUGUGACAGGAGAUUCGUUGAUUCAUCAAGUCUAAAAAAGCAUGAGAGGAUUCACAGUGGAGAGAAACCUUAUAAGUGUUCACACUGUGACAGGAGAUUCAGUCGUUCAGCAAAUCUCAAAACACAUGAGAGGAUCCACACUGGAGAGAAACCUUACAAGUGUUCACACUGUGACUGGAGAUUCAUUCAGUCAAUAGAGCUGAAAAGACAUGAGAGGAUUCACACUGGAUAGAAAGCACAUCACCGCAAUGUAUGUGGGAAGCGUUCCAUUAAGUAAUCGGUUAUACACAGUCAAACAAAAAACAAUCACAGUAAGGCCCCGUACACGCGGAGACGCAUUUAGAUGUUUAUGUAAAUAUUUUGUUUGGUAUAUGCUUUCGUCCAGACGGAUCCAGCAUUUUGAGAGAAUGAAUUCACUAUUUCUUUUAAACCAGGUCCCAGAGUGGAUAAAUCUGAAAAUGACA